AGCAAAACUUCGCUAACGUAUUCACCAACACAUAAGCAAAUCUUAAAAAAAAAAAUAAAAAUUUACGUGAAUGUGAAAACAGGUCAGAUGUUGGGAAUAUAUUUCGUACUCCCUCCCUCCACAGUUGUGCUACAAGAAUCCCAGCAAGAAGACUAUACGUUAUAUAAUGCCAUAAACCUGCCGUAUAACUAUGGAUAGUAUACGUAUAGACUAUACGUUAUAUAAUGCCAUAAACCUGCCGUAUAACUAUGGAUAGUAUGCGUGAAACCAUAUGGUUGUGCUAUAUGCAGAUAUGCAUUGUAUAACAAAGUGGAAAACUGCAUUUCUCACAUUUGUGUGAAAACUUUUUAAGUAAAUAGACGUGCGCGCGCAUCUUUAAUUGUUACACUUCGUAUCCUUUGACAGCGACAAAAUUGAGGCAAGUAUUUAUUAUAUAAAAAUCACUAUUUAUUAUUAAUAUUAUUAUUAUUUUAAUAUAUUAUUUUAAUAUAAAUAUGAAAUCGCUUCGGAACGCUGAUGACAAGGAUGGAUGACAUUGAGAAAACCCUCAAAGAAAAUGUUAUUGAUAAAGGUCUUCUAUUGGCUCAAACACACACGCUGCGCAAAUGUAAGGUGGUUUUAGCUAAAGUCCAUCACUCCAUUGGACGAUUGGUAGGAGAAAUAGAAAAUCCCAUGCAAAUUGAAAUAGCGUCAAGACUACCAAUCUGCACACUAGACGCCGCGCUGGAUUUCGAAGAUAAAUUAAAUUCGAAAGAGUUUGCUGACGAAACGAAAAUUCAUCUUCAACAAAUAAAAGGAGCAAAUGCAUCUGUAGAUGAGGUGAUGCGAAAAAUCUUCACCGACAAUGUCCUUUUCGAAUUUAGUUUUGAUGGAAGGAAACAAAAACGGGCGCUUAACAAGCUUAAACUUGUUAAUGAAGUUUUAUUCGGAUCACAGGAUUAG